AAACAAUUUAAUAAAGAUUAUCAAUUACCAUAUGGUUUUUGCCCAAAUCCAUGUUUAAUUAAUCCAUGUCUUGAAGUAGCUAAUACAAUGUCAAGUAAAUGUAUAAGAACUGGAUAUUUUGAAAAUAGUUACAAAUGUGAAUGUCGUAAUGGUUAUCAAUGGAAACAAGUUAAAGGAUAUAAAGGGUAUUGUGAAGCGAUCGAUCUGUGUGACAAAUAUUGUAGCAAGGUUGGAACCAGGAAAUGUGAUAUUGUGCAAGACAGAUAUUUCUGUGUUUGUCGCCCCACUCAUAUGGGUUUGAACUGCGACUACCAACGUGAUCCAUGUGUGGAACUGGCUUCCAAUGUUCAUAUGGGAGGAAAUAUGGCAUGUAACGUUGCAAAUGGUGGUAUAUGCAGAGGAACUUUAGGGACAAACACCUAUCAUUGCCAGUGUCCAGGAUCACUAACCAGUGAUCCAUCUUAUCCUUUCCCAAAUUGUUUACAAAUUAAAGAUCGAUGUGCCAGUACAGUAUGCAAUCAUGGUGAUUGUGUUAGUUCAAAAGAUGGACAAGAAAGUUAUUGUAUUUGUCCUGAAGGAACAUAUGGAAAAUAUUGUGAAUUAACACGUGGACAAUGGGGUCAGUGGUCACCAUGGUCUGAAUGUUUACCAAAUUGUGGACUUUAUAAUCAUCGAAGACGUAUACGUACACGUGACUGUUUAGGUGAGGCAUGUAGCGGUGGUUUAGGUUAUUUACAUAUAGAAUUCUGCGAUAUGAAACCUUGUUCAGAUGAAAUACUGAUGAUAAAUAGAAUAGAUUCAUCAGAAGAAAUACAAAAAUUAAAAAUGUUACAAGUACAAGGGACACGUUACGUAGAAAUAUCAGGUGGGAUUGCUAAAUAUCUAUUAUUAAUAACUUGUAUCUUUUCUGUAACUACAGUGACAGCUAUGAUAAUAGUUGUAUACUGUUUAUAGAAUUUUAGUAAUGACACAGCUUACUUAGCAUACAUAAUUCAUGUUGAAUAUAA